ACAAACAUCGUUGCUACGGCGCGCUGGCAGAUGCGGCCUGUAGGGGCCGCUGUUCUCUCUAAUGGCAGAUCCCAUCUGCAUGACGCCAUAUCUCAGUCUCCCUGGUCCGCUGCAAAGAUGGCGGCGCCCAUGUCCUGUGCUGUCUCCCGGCUGCAGCAGGUUUUGUUUAGGGGGCUAGAAGCCACUUUGCCCAGACAGUCUCCAGUUCGUUGUAUUCAGACCACCUCCGUUUGUUUAAAGAACCGUGCUGCACGUGUGCGUGUGGGUAAAAGAGAUAAGCCUGUGACCUACGAACAAGCACACCCUCCGCACUACAUUGCCCACAGGAAAGGCUGGCUGUCGCAACACACAAGUAACUUGGAUGGUGAGGGUGGUGCUGCAGAACGCACCAUAGAGGACGUCUACAUACGCAAAUUUAUGUAUGGCACGUUCCAUGGCUGCCUGGCCAAUGAGAUUGUGAUCAAGCGCCGCGCCAAUCUAAUAGUGAUUUGUGCUGUCCUUAACCGCUACCACAACGCACAGAAGCUGUACUUCCUGACUGGCUACACCGAGACGCUGCUUUCCUAUUUGUACAAGUGUCCGGUGAAACUGGAAUUACAAACUGUGGAGGAGAAAGUCAUUUACAAGUAUCUGUAAUUCCUUCAUUUAGAAGUGCUGUCCAGCCCCCUCAGUGACCAGCAACCAGAAACAGGCUUCCGUUUCUCUGCGCCCACGUCCUUUGUCUGAAUAAACUGCUACUUCUUUCUA